AUGGACAAAGAAGUGGAAAAGUACGUGAAAUCAUGUCAUGGAUGUCAGAUUACUAGUGCAUAUCCAAAACCGGAGCCAAUCAGUCCAACAUCUUUACCGACGGGACCAUGGCAAGAAUUGGCAAAUGACUUACUGGGACCAUUAACAUCAGGACAAUAUGUGUUAGUUGUAGUGGACUACUUCAGCCGUUAUUAUGAAAUUGAAAUCACCAAAGACAUUACAAGUGAGAAAAUCAUUGAUGCUCUAGAGGGAAUGUUUUGUAGACACGGAAUUCCAUAUCAAAUUACAUCUGAUAAUGGACCACAAUUCAAGUCUAAGUUAUUUGAGGAUUAUUUGACAGAUAACUGCAUCAAACACAGAGCAGUUACACCAUUACAUCCGGCUGCAAACGGGGAAGUUGAACGUCAAAACCGGUCAUUGAUGAAAAGGAUUAGAAUUGCACAAGCAGAAUCUAAGGAUUGGAAGAAAGAAAUCCGGAAAUACUUGUUUGCAUAUCGAACAACUCCACACAGUACAACUGGGGUGUCACCUGCAGAAUUGAUGUUCCGCCGUACACUGAGGACAAAAUUACCGCAAGUAGAGAAUCUACAAGCAAAUGUGUUUGAUGAAGAAAUGUGA